UUUAAAAGUAAACAAUAAAAAAAGGGAUUACAUUAAAACGAUGUGCGAAGAACAAAUAACACAGUUUCGAAAGAAAAAAAAAAGAGGUCUCUCAGAUUCUGUUAUUGGUGAGAUCGCUGCAAUUUCUCCUCCUUCCAUGGAUCUUCUUCAAUCUAUCGGCAAUGCCUCAGUGGCCGAUUUGAUUAUGUGGAAGAACAAACGCGGAGGGAUGCUUGUGCUCGGAUCAGCGACGUUGCUUUGGUUCCUCUUCGAGAAAUGUGGAUACAGUUUCUUGCCCUUGGUCGCUAACAUUCAGCUACUUGUCGUCGUUAUACUCUUCCUCUGGGCCAAAUCCGCCAUUCUCUUCAAUAGGCCUAUGCCUGAACUUCCUAAUCUUGAAAUCACUGAAGCAUCUCUUCUUAUGGUUGCUGAUCCUCUACGCCUCUUCAUCAAUACUCUUCUCUCUAUUGCUCGUGAUAUUUACGUCAACAGAAACGCCACACUUCUCUUUCGGGUUAGUCUUGUCUUGUGGGCUAUCUCUCUUGUUGGCAGUUUCUUAAACUUCUUCACAAUACUCUAUCUUGGUAUUGUUCUCUGUAUGUUGAUUCCCAUUCUGUACGAGAGGUACCAGCACCACAUUGAUGAGAAGCUAUCUGUCACACAUCGGAUGAUUCUAACACAGUACAGGAAGAUUGACGAAAGAUUACUACAGAAGCUUAUUGCUAAGCCCACUAGCAAGAUCAAGAAGAUGCAAUAGAACACACCAGAGUGAUACUCUUUUAUGACCGAGUAAAGGUGCAACAGAACGACGUAACAAGCGUUUUUCAAAAGAAAUAAUAAAAAGGACGACGUAAGAAGCUUUAGAGUAUAAAGAUGAAUAGAGGCGUUGAGACUCACAGAAGUGUAAUGUGGUUUUGUUACUUUAGUCAACGCUUCACUUGAUUCUCUUUAUAGGAACACUGUGGAUUAACAAGUUCAUGACUAUGUGUAACUUCGGGAAUUAUUGGUGACUCUAAUUGGAAUAUGGGGCUGUUUCUGGUUAGAAAAGGUGUGUUUAAAGUUUUCCAGUGACCAAAAAAAAAAGUGUUUAAAGUUUGAUC